CCAGCUAAAGAUCCGCUCUGUUGUUGUCAAUCCGGGCAGGUACGGCUCUCCACGAACAGAGCAAUUCCAGCUCAAGGAAAAGGCUACAUGUUCGGAGAUGGAAAACGCACACACUAAAUCCGCAUCCGAAGUUCUAGACAACUUCGGGGUGAACGAGAACACCGGACUGACACUUGAACAAGUAAAAAAUAAUUUGGAGAAAUAUGGACCAAACGAGCUGCCAGCGGAAGAAGGCAAGUCCCUGUGGGAGCUGGUGGUGGAGCAGUUUGAAGACCUCCUGGUGAGGAUCCUCCUGCUGGCCGCCUGCGUCUCCUUUGUCUUGGCGUUGUUUGAGGAAGGUGAGGAAACCACCACAGCCUUCGUGGAGCCCAUAGUCAUCCUUCUGAUUCUGAUUGCAAACGCCGUCAUCGGAGUAUGGCAGGAGAGAAAUGCAGAGAAUGCUAUAGAGGCUCUGAAGGAGUACGAGCCGGAGAUGGGAAAGGUAUUCCGAAUGAACAGGAAAACCGUCCAGAGGAUCAAGGCUCGAGACAUCGUGCCAGGAGAUAUAGUAGAGGUGGCUGUUGGUGACAAGGUCCCUGCUGACAUCAGGAUCACCUCCAUUAAAUCCACAACCCUACGAGUGGACCAGUCCAUUCUUACAGGGGAAUCGGUAUCAGUCAUCAAGCACACCGAUCCUGUUCCUGACCCCAGAGCUGUCAAUCAGGACAAGAAGAACAUGCUUUUUUCGGGGACCAACAUCGCUGCUGGCAGGGCCAUCGGCGUGGUUGUGUCCACAGGGGUCUCCACUGAGAUCGGCAAGAUCCGCAACCAGAUGGCCACAACGGAGCAGGAGAAGACGCCUCUGCAGCAGAAGCUGGACGAGUUCGGCGAGCAGCUGUCCAAGGUCAUCUCCCUGAUCUGUGUGGCCGUGUGGGUCAUCAACAUCGGCCACUUCAACGACCCCGUGCACGGAGGCUCCUGGCUCCGGGGCGCCAUCUACUACUUCAAGAUCGCCGUGGCGCUGGCCGUGGCCGCCAUCCCCGAGGGGCUGCCCGCCGUCAUCACCACCUGCCUGGCGCUGGGCACCCGCCGCAUGGCCAAGAAGAACGCCAUCGUGCGCAGCCUGCCCUCCGUCGAGACCCUGGGCUGCACCUCCGUCAUCUGCUCCGACAAGACUGGCACUCUCACCACCAACCAGAUGUCCGUGUGCAGGAUGUUCGUGGUGGACAAAGCUGACAAUUCCAGCUGUACCCUGCAUGAGUUCUCCAUCACCGGCUCCACAUACGCCCCUGAAGGUCAAGUGCUGAAGGGAGACCAACCGGUGCAGUGUGGGGAUUACGAUGGCCUGGUGGAGCUGGCGACGAUCUGUGCACUGUGUAACGAUUCCUCUCUGGAUUACAAUGAGUCCAAGGGGGUAUACGAGAAAGUGGGAGAGGCCACCGAGACCGCACUGACCACUCUGGUGGAGAAGAUGAACGUCUUCAAGACCCACCUUUCUGGGCUCAGCAAGGUGGAGCAGGCUGGCGCAUGCAAUUCGGUCAUAAAGCAGCUGAUGAAAAAGGAGUUCACCCUGGAGUUCUCCCGUGAUCGCAAGUCAAUGUCUGUCUACUGCAGCCCAGCCAAGCCUGGCACUCAGAGCAAGAUGUUCGUUAAGGGUGCCCCUGAGAGUGUGAUAGAACGUUGCACCUACCUGCGUCUGGGAACCCGUAAGAUCCCACUCACGCCACCACUCAGGGAACAGCUGAUGGCCCAGAUCAAGGAGUGGGGGACCGGCAGGGACACACUGCGCUGCCUGGCUCUCGCCACACGGGACAUCCCGCCCAGGAAAGAGGAGAUGGACUUGGAGAACUCUGCCAAGUUCGCGAUAUAUGAGACCGACCUGACGUUCGUGGGCUGCGUGGGCAUGCUGGACCCCCCGCGGAAGGAGGUGACGGACUCCAUCAAGCUCUGCAGCGAGGCCGGCAUCCGGGUCAUCAUGAUCACGGGCGACAACAAGGGCACGGCGGUGGCCAUCUGCCGCCGGAUUGGGAUCUUUGGGGAGAACGAGGAGGUGACUGGCAAGGCCUACACAGGCCGGGAGUUUGACGACCUGUCCCCCGAGGACCAGAAAGAGGCCUGCACGCAAGCCCGCUGCUUCGCCCGCGUGGAGCCCGCGCACAAGUCCAAGAUCGUGGAGUACCUGCAGUCCUUCGACGAGAUCACCGCCAUGACAGGUGAUGGCGUGAAUGAUGCCCCAGCCCUGAAGAAGGCGGAGAUUGGGAUCGCAAUGGGCUCGGGCACCGCCGUAGCCAAGUCCGCCUCGGAGAUGGUGCUGUCGGACGACAACUUCUCCACCAUUGUGGCAGCAGUAGAGGAGGGCAGGGCCAUCUACAACAACAUGAAGCAGUUCAUCCGCUACCUCAUCUCCUCCAACGUGGGCGAGGUUGUGUGUAUCUUCAUGACCGCCAUCCUGGGCCUCCCGGAGGCCCUCAUCCCUGUGCAGCUGCUGUGGGUGAACCUGGUAACGGACGGUCUGCCUGCCACCGCCCUGGGCUUCAACCCCCCGGACCUGGACAUCAUGGACAAGCCCCCGCGGAACCCCAAGGAGCCCCUGAUCUCCGGCUGGCUCUUCUUCCGAUAUCUGGCAAUCGGAGGGUAUGUUGGCCUGGGAACAGUAGGGGCCGCUACAUGGUGGUUCCUACUUGAUGAAGAAGGUCCUCAGGUUUCUUUCUACCAGCUGAGACACUUCAUGCAGUGCACAGAGGACAACCCCAUGUUCGCCAACGUUGAUUGUGAAAUAUUUGAGUCACGCUACCCAACCACUAUGGCUCUAUCUGUGCUGGUCACUAUAGAGAUGUUCAACGCGCUCAACAGCCUGUCUGAGAACCAGUCCUUGCUGAGGAUGCCUCCCUGGGUGAACAUCUGGCUUUUGGGGGCCAUUGUCUUGUCGAUGUCUCUGCACUUCCUCAUCCUGUACGUGGAGCCCCUGCCGCUGAUAUUCCAGGUGACACCUUUGCGGUGGUCUCAGUGGGUGGUGGUCCUGAAGAUCUCGAUUCCUGUCAUCCUAUUGGACGAAACUCUCAAGUACUUUUCCCGCCACUACCUGGAAGGAGAAGAGGAGAAGAAAUACAUGAGAAGAAGGCAGCUGAAAUUCUAACCCUUUGAACCCUGGCCCUAAGUACACCAAGUCUUGCAUGUUCAACCACCACUAUCAGCCAGCAGGACUUGCAUGUGUAAGAAGAACGCGGACAAACUGCAGAAACAUACUGAUGACUUUCAUAGCUUUUUUUUUUCUGUACAUACUAGUGCAAUAACUGGAGCAAAGAUUGGGAAGGGGAAGGGCAUGGGGAGGAGGAAGAGGGUGGGGGUGAUUUCAGCAGAGGGGCCGCUGAGGAUCCAUCGGAUUGAUCCACUGCUGCUGGGAAGAGUCCAGUUUGAAGAAAGCGGGCUGGGCAGGGGAGGAGCUGAGACUGGACCAUGGAGAGCUGGAUUAUUUCUGGGUCGGCCACAGAACGGGACCUUUUUACAUCUGGGUCUGCAGUGGCAGGUGCGUGGGACCUCGGUUCUCCAGUUAUGUUUUCAUCGUCAGAGAAAAAAAGGGAUUAAAACUGUUUCACAAUCCACUGGCUUUAGUGAAAAGCGAACCGGUUAACGAUUUCUGGCUCCAGGGAUGUGGCCACAUGAAGAACAGUCCAUGGUUGAACCGUAUGCUCUUAUAAUGUCUCAGUCGGAUGCUAUCACCUAGUUCUAUCACCUCUGCACACAUCUGGCAAUCUUGGCCACAAGAGAAUUUAGUACUCUUCUCACUCGUAGUGUCUGCUAGGAGACCUUCUUGUUUCUUCUCACCUGGUGUCUGUCUGGAUCCUCUCGAAAUUUCACAUUUCCUCCAGUUUGAAGUUUACACUCUUCCAUUUUGAAAAGGAGAUGUUUUCCAUACUGUCUAUAAUCCAGCUAAACAGCAGGCAGUUCAUUUUAAGUUGUAGCUAUCUGUUCUGCCCCCCCCCACCCCACCCCCACCAGCCUUUUAAACCAAGAUGAAAUUUGAAUAUUUAAAAAAUACUUUCAUAAACCCAAAGAUACAAUUAUCUUGAAAUGUUUUUGCAAUAGGAAUAUCAAAUUAAGUUCCUUGUCUUUCAAGGCUUUAUUGACUUUUAAUUUCAAAAGAAUGUGUAAAAUAUAUAUAUAUUUAUUAUAUUUUUAAAAUGAAAUGUAUUUUAGCGCUUCCUCCAGUUUCUCUAUAACCUGGAAUGCCCAGUUCAAAUGUAAGUUGCCAAUUGCUGCAGGUAUCAAAAAAGGACUGGUGAUUACUGCAGUAGGUGUCUCCCAGCCUGGAUAAGAGUGAGUACACAAUAAUUUUGCCAAGCAAUUGAAUCCUAGUUUACUAGGUAUUGACUCUGCAGAAAUGAUUCAGAUCAAGUACUGAGUUGAUAUUUCUAAACUGUUGAGAACACUUUUGAACAAGCUGCCAUCUAAAUGUCCUUCUUGCAUCCGAUUUAUAAAACACUACUCAGCGGGGAAUGCUAUCAGUCUUAGAAGGACCCUUCUAACAUGCUUUGGGUUAAAAAAUAUUCCUUCAGAGCAGAGAGAAAGUAACAAUGCUGCAGGAAAUACAACCGGAUUAAUUGGCAAGGAUGUGAACAAGAAGAACAAAAGACCUACAAAACCUGACCUGAAAACCUGUGCUUUAACAAGCAUUUUCUGAACCCAGUUUUCAGUCUGUAGUUCUCAUAUUACUGGGUCAGAGGCCAUUCUAGAGCAAACUCCUUGCUAACUAGUGUAGGUCUCCUGAGGCCUGCUGAGAAAGUGACAAAUAUGGUCAACUACAGGUCAUUAAACUUAAAAUGUUUACAGACCUCCAGUUUAUUCCCAACUCACACUGACUGAAACCCCCCUCUUUCAGUUGGUGUCCUAAAUGCAAGACACCACACCACCCCAGUGCUUAUUUUUAAAUACUCUUCACACAAUCCGGAUUAUAAGAUUAUCAAAAACCCCUCUCUUCCGUUAUUUUGUUUGUGCCUGCCAACACAUUUCCCGUGCAGUUUAUGUAAGGCAAGAUAAAAUUGUUUCCUUUCGCCUGCUCCUUCUGUUUAAGAUUGUGAAAUGACCCUUACACAACGCUUUGCUGUAGAAUGGCCGUAGCAGUUGUUAAAAGCUCAUUUUUGACUGAGUAUGGCCUGAAAGUCCAUCUUUGGUUUUUGUUGUAUUAGCUUGGGCCUUAUUUUCCAGUUUUUGCCACUGUGUUAGGAAGGGGCAGACCGUGGCAGUAGUGCAAGAUAAACAUCCUUAAAGAUUUUAGUGGAGCCCUAAGGGCUACUGUGACCACAUGGUAACUGUCCUAUUGGACUCCAUUAUUGUCUUUAAAUCAGUGCAUUAGAAAACCCGUGCUACAGUACAUGUAAAUUUCCAGGAUGUAAUUUAAAUAACUCUGUAAAAUAGAAUCGCUUGUGGGCAUUAGUGAAAAAAGGUCGUGAUUUGCAGUUGAGUUUCAGGAUAAUAUUUUGAAUUCUGUUGAAUCUAAUAAAGUGGUAUAAUCCAGUGGAAAGGAUGGAACUUUACCUUUUGUGUUCUUGUACCACAGCUGAAUGAUAUUGUGUACCGCCCUGCAAUGUGGGAUUGUAUAGCCUUGUUAUUUACUACUGAACUUCUGAACUCUGUACAGAAAAAAGAUUGCAUGGAACAUUGUUACUGUAAUUAAUAACCUAUACAGUAUAUUGUAUUUAAUUUUUUAAUAUCUACUUUAACAACAUGAAAAAAACGACGAGAGAACUGAGUUAAACCGCUGAGAGUCUUAUUUUUCUUCGAGCGCAUGGCAUCUAGGAAUUUCACUUGUAGGCUAGAAGGGUUAAUUAUUUCCUUGUUAUUGUUUGUUUUUACAGUUGUUGGGGGUCUUGUGGCUUUUAUUUCAGGGGGAGAAAUAUGUGUAAAAUAAUAUUCCAAAUGAUAAUGAUAAUAAUAAUGACGACGAUGAUGAUAAUUUGAUUUGCAAGGAGAACGUUGCGUUUAUUUAGGUGUCUGGUUUACACAGAGAGUGUGAAGGGAGGAAUCGUGUGAUAUGAAGUUGAUUUAGGUUGCUCAUUGAAGGUUUCAGUGUUGUGAACUGCCUCUUAAGUUGACCUGAUUUGACCUAAGUGUGCUGUUUCAAUGAAACGAGGAGUGAAUUUCAGAAAGGUUACAAAGGAGUGUAACUUAAAACUGCUUUAAAACUGGCUAUUUAUCAGUGGCAUUUAGUAACUGGUGCAAAACAACAAAGGUGAACUCUCUAAUGGACUACAUACUGCUUCUGAGGCUACUGGAUUAACUAUGUAAUGAGUAUUAUGGUAAUUCUAUAAAACACUCACUUACAUAGCUUUUUCUGAUGCGAAAUCUCUGGCCCAUCUGUAUUACAUAUUGAGGCAGUAUACGGUACAGUAUGUAUUCAUCCAUAACCAGGCUUUUUGCACUUCACAAUGCCAUGGCAGUCCUGCCAAAAACAGACCUGUUCCUGUCCAGUUGUUUUUGUCCCUCCGUCAAGUUUCUUGCUGGUUGUUCACAUUGGGUUUGGGGUAGAUCACACUUUUUGGGGGAUAUGUGACUGAAUCACCCCCACUGUAAAAAGAAGGCAGGUCUUUCAGGAUAAGCUUUCCCACUUCUUUGAGAAUAUAACUUAACAGUAACAUGAGAGAAGUCUGUUCUGCUCAUCUUGGUUGCUUGAUGCUUAUUGUUCCAAGGAUAGUGUCUUGUAAUUUCCUUGAGUUAUCCCAGGAGAUCUGCAUCAGUCCCCCCCCCUUAAAAUUCCCCAUGCCUGUGUAAGAGCUGGCUUUGUCCUUGUCAGUAACUUCUCGAUGAAUAUGAAAUGUAUGAGGCUACUGAAAAAUAUUUGAAAAAUCUCAUCUUCUCAUCGACACUUCAAAGAGUUAAACCCUACCCCUAAGCAUGCACCAAAUAUUUACUUUAACAUCUGAAAAUUAAACAGCUGCAUUCUCGUGGAAAGAAAUUAGCAAUGUAAAAUUGAUCAGUUCUUCUGAAAGUGGCCUAAACCACACCUUUAUUAUGUUAAAACAAUAUGACUAUUUUAAAACCACCUGUUAUUGUUAUUAAUGUAUGUGUCUGAUGCUUUCAUCCACAAGUUACUUAUAUUUGUACCCAUUUAUACUACUAUACUGUACAUAUUACUGAAGCAAUCUGCGUUUUGCCUUGCUCUCCUGCCUUGUCUGUUCUUCAUUUCCUUCAGGAGAGAAAUCAUUGAAAGCAUCAGUUUCACACAGUUACUGAUGAUAACCUUCACCAGCAUUGUCAACAGGUGAAAUCAGGUCAUUUUUGGAGACUGUUUCUAACAGCUGAGAAAUAAAAUUGGGGUUUGUCUGUAUUGCCUUGUUAAUAUUAUCUGUUGGACACAGAUAUUUUCUAAAAAUACAUUUAAAAAAUAAAGAUUAUUUAUCUUAUUUAUUCAGGAAUGGUGCUUUAUUGGGUAUGUACAGAAACAACUGAGAGGAAACUUCUUGUUAAAAUGCUUGAGCCUAAAUUGCCAAAAUUAAUCUAAAGACAUGUUUGUUCUCAGAAUGUAAUAAAAGAACCUUGCAAUAAGGUUAACCUUAAUGUAGACAUAUGGGAAAUACUUACUUUUAUCUUUGAAAUAAAAUGAACAGAUGUAAGCUA